GCUUGAAUGCAUAUAAGGACAAGGAGCACUCACCGGUCGGACAACCUAGUACUUUCACUCCUUUCGAGUCCGCCAACUGACGAGCUACUCUCAGUCAACGAAGAAAGACCAAGAUGCAGUUCUCGAUGAUCGCCAAGUUCGCUCUCCUCUCGCUCGCUGCGUCCUUCGCCCACGGCACCCCGCUCGCCAGCGGUGAGGGCCAGCUCGAGCGUCGCCAGUCAUACAGCAAUGCUAGAAUGACCUGGUACAACGCUGAUGGAACCGGCUCAUGCGGCAAUACCGUUACGAACAGCGAAUACAUCGUUGCGCUCGACUCCGCCCUCUACGACAGCGGCGCGCACUGCGGAAAGUCCAUCACGAUCGAGUACGAUGGCAAGACUGCCCAGGCGACCAUCGCAGAUGAGUGCCCCGGCUGCCCUUCCGGCGGGCUCGACCUGACCGAGAGCCUGUUCGAGCACUUCGCGAGCCUUGAUGUCGGUGUGAUCUACGGAGACUGGUACUACAACUGA